AUGCAUGGGGAUAAACUGGCCUGUGAGCUAGAAGCAGUGCCUCUGUCUAACGGGACUAUUGCCCGGCGCAUCUCCGACAUGGCCCAGGACAUAAAGUGUCAGCUGGUGGACAGAGUGAAGAAAGGGAAAUAUGCUUUACAAUUAGAUGAAUCCACAGAUGUAUCAAACUCUCCCCAGCUGCUUGUAUUCGUCAGAUACAGUUUUGACGGAAAACUUAACGAGGACAUUCUGUUUUGCACCGCGCUUGAGGGAACGUGCACAGGCAAUGACAUUUUCACAAAAGUUGACAACAAACUAAAAGAAGAGGGACUGUCUUGGGGUGAGUGCAUCGGUGUGUGUACAGAUGGUGCUGGAGCGAUGCUGGGGAAAAAGAAAGGUCUUAAAGCAAGAGUCUUGCAAGUGGCGCCUCACAUAAAUUUCACGCAUUGCAUUAUACACAGAGAAGCUCUUGCAAGCAAAACACUUGACCCAGAACUUAAACGUGUUCUUGAAACCGCGAUAAAAAUUGUCAACUACAUAAAAGCGCGUCCACUCAAUAUCAGGCUGUUUGCCACUCUCUGUCACGAACUGGGAUCGGAGCAUGAGUGCUUGCUGUUCCACACAGAAGUCAGGUGGCUUUCGCGAGGGAAUGUGCUCAGCCGCCUGUUUGAACUGCGGGACGAAGUGCGCUUAUUUCUGAUGGAGCAUGCGUCCCAGCUCGCUGACCACCUCACUGAUCCUGACUGGUUAACAAGGCUAGCGUAUUUGUCUUGCAUAUUUGAAAAACUGAAUGGCCUUAAUAUGUCAUUGCAAGGUGAAAACACAAGCAUCAUGUCACUGAAUGAUAAAAUCUACGCAUUCACGAGAAAACUUGAGCGCUGGACUGAGCGAGUUGAAAUGGGUAGGAUUGACAUGUUUUCUGAGCUGGACGAAUUCAUUGAGGAAAAUGAACUGAGUGUUAACAUAGUGAUGAAGUCUAUCACUACUCACCUUCAAUCCCUACUGGAACACUUCAACAAGUAUUUCCCAAAGGAAACAGCUCCAGAACAAUAUGACUGGGUAAGAUCACCGUUCACUGUAACAAGGGCUAAUCAUCUGACAUCCAACCUGGAGGACACAUUGGUUGAACUGUCAAGCGACCGAACCUUAAAGACCGAACCUUAA